CUCCGUGGUGCUGAAAUCUCUAACGCGCACUCCCACUCGCGCCACACACACACACUGCGACUUCAGCACUGAAAACACGCACGUCUAUUCUCAAAUAAUGGAGGUUCAUUUGAACGGAUUCUCGUGGAAACUUUUUCUACUUUCUUACUUAUUUCUGGAGUGCUUGUCCCAGGACUUUGGACAACAAACCCAGUUCAUUUGCACGUCGGUACCCAAGGAUAUGGACAUAUGUUCGGCGACGUUACAAAACAGUGUUCCGGGGGAGGAUUUAAAGACUACGGUCAUGCAGCUCCGAGAAACAGUACUACAGCAGAAGGAAACCAUUAUGAACCAAAAAGAGACCAUACGGGAAUUAACCUCCAAGCUCACGCGCUGUGAGAGUCAGAGCGGGACGGACUCCGGAGAUUCUCGAGGCGGCGGACGACGGAAAGAGUCCGGUACUAAGAACACCAUGGGGGAUGUAUCCCGAGGUCCGUCAGACACACUAACGCAGUUGUCACAGACUUUACAGUCUCUCAAACAGAGAUUGGAAAAUCUAGAGCAAUUCAGCCGAAAUAACAACUCGGUGCAGGCGAACAGUCUCAAGGACCUGCUACAGACCAAGAUAGACGACCUGGAGAAGCAGGUGCUGUCCCGCGUGAACACUUUGGAAGAGGGCAAAACGGGGCUGCGCAACGAGACGGAGCAACGCGGCCGCGUGGAGUCCACUCUCACGUCGCUCCACCAGAGGAUCACGGACCUGGAGAAAGGCUUGAAGGACAACAGACCGCUGGAUAAAUUCCAGCUGACCUUUCCGCUGAGAACCAACUACAUGUACGCGAAGGUGAAGAAGAGCUUACCGGAGAUGUAUGCAUUCAGCGUGUGCAUGUGGCUCAAGUCCAACGCCUCCCCGGGGGUUGGCACUCCGUUCUCGUACGCCGUCCCCGGUCAGGCUAACGAGCUGGUGCUCAUCGAGUGGGGCAACAACCCGAUGGAGCUCCUCAUAAACGAUAAGGUGGCGAAGCUGCCGUUCCUCAUCAACGAUGGGAAGUGGCACCACAUCUGCGUUACCUGGACGACGCGUGAUGGCGUGUGGGAGGCAUUCCAGGACGGAGUGUCCAGGGGAACAGGAGAGAACCUGGCCCCGUACCACCCCAUCAAACCCCAGGGGGUCCUCAUCCUGGGGCAGGAACAGGACACGCUGGGCGGUGGUUUCGACGCAACGCAGGCAUUUGUGGGUGACCUGGCCAACUUUAACAUCUGGGACCGCAAGUUGUCCAUGGGCGAGAUCUACAACCUGGCCACCUGCAGCAGCAAGGCACAGGUGGGCAAUGUCUUCUCCUGGCUCGAGACCAGCAUAGACAUCUACGGUGGAACCUCCAAGUGGACAUUCGAGGCGUGUCGCCAGCUCAACUGAACCGCACGGAAUCCCUCGCCACGCAACCAUGCGAGACUGCACAGAACCCCAGCCGACCAAUAAGGAGAGAGCAGGAGCAAGGAACCUUCUCCUGAAUCAAGGGGUGCAGAUUCCCAAAUGUUUCUUUGCAACUGGUUUUAAGAAAACGAAAACAGAACAACAAAAGAAAACAAAAACAUAACAACAAAAAUGAGUAAAUAAAUAAAGGACAAAGGACACAGGGGGUUUUAAAAGACACUAAGAGCAUGACUGCCAGCCAAGCAAAUCAGUGGAUUUUCUAGUAGAUGUUUAAGAUUCUUCUUCUGACACUUGUGUAUUUUUCUGCUCCUAGUCUCAGUUAGCUUGUCUGCUAUCCUCCAUUUUGAGUGAGUUUUCCAGAGUUUUCUGACUAAUCAGUAGGCUAACGCUAGAGUGGGUUAGCUUGUCUGCUAUCCUCCAUUUUGAGUGAGUUUUCCAGAGUUUUCAGACUAAUGAAUAGGCUAAUGCUAGAGUGGGUUAGCUUGUCUGCUAUCCUCCAUUUUGAGUGAGUUUUCCAGAGUUUUCAGACUAAUGAAUAGGCUAACGCUAGAGUGGGUUAGCUUGUCUGCUAUCCUCCAUUUUGAGUGAGUUUUCCAGAGUUUUCAGACUAAUGAAUAGGCUAAAGCAAUCAGGAGAGCAUUCGGUCGACAUAUUCAUUCUGUUGUAAUGCUAGAACCCUUUUCUUCUGUAAUUUCCCUUGAGCAAUGGCCAGGCAGGUUAUGCCUUUUACCGAACAUACACACACACACACACACACACACACACACACACACACACACACACACUCACUCAUGCACUUACACCCCCCCACCCCACCCCAACCCACCUGACACCUCUCACUGUGACCUACAGGUGGACCUAAAACAAGAAUGUAAACGAACUUGACACACAAAGCUUUUUCUUUUUUCUAAUCUAUCUGCAGUUACUUUAUUGUGGUUGUUUUCCUAUGUUCCAGCACCAUUGGUAUAUACUACAAAUCAUUAUGAUUAUAAGUAGUGUGUGUGUGUGUGUGUGUGUGCGUGUGUUUGCUCGGUAUAUACUACAAAUUAUUAUGGUUAUAAGUAGUGUGUGUGUGUGUGUGUGUGUGUGUGUGUGUGUGUGUGCUUGGUAUAUACUACAAAUCAUUAUGGUUAUAAGUAGUGUGUGUGUGUGUGUGUGUGUGUGUGUGUGCUCAGUAUAUACUACAAAUCAUUAUGGUUAUGACUAGUGUUCCACUUGUCACUCUUUCUUGUUGUCUGUGGUAAAUUACUUACUUGCCAAUAUAUUAAAAAGCCUUGGUGCCUUGGGCGGCUGAAGGAAUCGAUGGAGCGAGAUGUGUAUGUGUGUGUGUGUGUGUGUGUGUGUGUGUCUGCUAUCCCAUAAUAAGUGUUUCUACCUGAGUGUGUGUAUCUGUACAGACUUGAUCCAUUCUGAGCAGACAUACUGGAUAUUUUCACACUGUUUUGCCACACUGAUGAAAAACGGAACUGUGUGCAUGUGUGUGCUUUUCUGUGUGAGUAUGUGUGUGUGUGUGUGUGCAUGUGUGUGCUUUUCUGUGUGAGUGUGUGCAUGUAUGUGUAUUGUGUGUGUGUGUGUGUCGCGUGUGUGUGUGUGUGUGUGUGUGUGUGUGUGUGUGUGUGUGCGCUUACAUGUGUGUGUGUGUGUGACAUGUUUGUAUCAUUCCAGGAAUGUUGUCCUGUACUAUGAGCAUGAGCCAGGAUUGUUGCUGUGGCAUCAGAUGAAACAGUUCAGCUUUUCCUACAUCUCCUGGGACGACCUGUUUUAUACUGUAUUGUUACAGGUGUGUGUGUGUGUGUGUGUGUGUGUGUGUGUGUGUGUGUGUGUAUUGUUACAAAUGCUUUAAGCAUGGCAGCACUGAUUAUGAAAAAAAUAUCUAAUUUUCUAAUAAAAUUGUGAUACCUAAA